AUGUCUGCCAGAGGAACUCGCCCAGCCUACCGAGGAAAGAUGACCCAGCUACUCAAGAAAGCCGAAGAUACGAUUGUGAAAUUCAACAGUGAAGACGACGUGGAUUGGGACAAUCUCUUGAUCACAAAAGAACAUCUGAAAUCAAGGACGUCAUGGGCUUCUAACUGCGAACAAUUACGUGAUCUCACUAAAGCCGACAAUGUAGCUGAUCUAAACACUGAGGUACACAUACUCGGAUUACGUUGGAAAACAUUGUCGGAUGAGCUUACCUACGCAAAUAAUAUUUCAAAUGACAAAACCAUAUUGCCAACUAAACGUGAAGUAAGUAGUGCAACGUCUAGCGUAUACGAUCCUUUCGGUUAUUUAGCACCAGUGGUUAUUAAAGCGAAGAUAUUUACACAAGAAUUAUGGAAACGAAAGCUCGACUGGGAUGAACCUUUACCUUCCGAUUUGACAAAUGAAUGGAACGCCAUAUUGACGGAUUUGAAAACGGCUACGAACAUUACAAUGAAUAGAGAAUAUUUCUCGGACGUUUAUGACCGUAAAGACGACCACGAAUUACAUGUCUUUGUAGACGCAAGUACGAGGGCAUAUGGUGCCGCUGUUUAUUUACGUAAUAACAACACAGAACAAACAUCUCUUGUUAUGUCGAAAACCAGAGCAGCACCAUUAAAGAAACAGACAUUACCACGCCUGGAGCUCAUGGGAGCAGUUAUUGGCACCAGACUGAUUCAAUUUGUAUCCGACGCACUAAAAGAUACGGUGAACAUUACGAAACACAUAAUAUGGUCGGACAGCCAGAUCGUUCUUCAUUGGCUAAAGAGUGACAAGAAGUUGCCUUUGUUCGUCACUAACCGCGUUAACGAAAUAAAGACCUUCCCCAUGACAAUGAAUACAGUCCUGCAUACCUUUGUGGAAACCGAUACCGCUCAAGAUACUACCACUGUGAACGAGACAACUAACGUCGGGAUACAGCACAUCAUAGACGCCGACAGAUUUAGCAGUUUAAACAAGCUAUUACGUACAACAGCUCUUGUGCUAAGAUUUGUAUCUAAUCUUCGAAAUGACAAACAUACAUCUAGUACCCUGUCUAGUACAGUAUCCGCUGAGGAAUUACGCAAAGCCGAAACCAAGUGGAUAAGAGAUAUUCAACGUGAAGCGUUUAGCGCUGACGUCACCACUCAUCGCCGAAAGCCAACCCUCACCAGACAACUUGGUUUAUUCUUCGACAAUGAUACAUUACUCCGCUGUGGGGGGAGGUUACAUAAUGCCCCUCUCGACUACAACACGAAAUUUCCAAUACUCCUACCAUAUGGACAUCGAUAUACGAUCCUCGUUGUGUUGGAAUCCCACUCGCGCAUGCUCCACUCAGGAUUAUUAUCCACGGUCACAGAUCUACGACAAACAUACUGGAUACCAAAGAUCCGCCAACUCGUGAAAAGAAUUAUACGACAAUGCGUGACUUGUAGAAAAAUCACCGGGAAACCAUAUCAACAGCCCAUACAAGCCCCACUACAACACUGUCGUGUAAAUGAUGCGCCACCGUUCACGGUUACUGGUGUCGAUUUUACCGGUGCAUUAUACACUGUGGCGAAUGACUCUUUUGGUACUGGAGUUACUUGUAAUUCAAUCUGUCCUGCAGAAGUGUUAACCGGAUUGAAUAUUGCUUACAUAAAGCUCAAUGCAACAGCGUCAGGUCUGUCUUAUGAAGAAUGUGAAAAGAAACUUCUGCAAGAGUCCAAUCCGAACGGGAAAUUUGUUACCAUUGAACAGGUUGCAGGGCUUGCCGUGUUUCUGUGUUCUCCGGCAGCAGACCAAAUUACUGGUGCUAGUAUUCCCAUUGAUGCUGGUCGCUGGGUUAAAUAG